CCUCGCGCAAGCUCAGUGAGGAAACUCAGUCCCAAGAUGGCAGCUUCCUUGGGAGGGAUGUUCGCGCCUCAGCAGCCGGGUCCCCCUCCGCCGCCUCCGCCUCCAGGACCCCCCGGGAGCUCGGCCCAAGUGGCGUUGCUCCCGACGGCGGCGGGCGGCUUGAGGAGCUCCAACAGUACCUUAGUGGACGAGUUGGAGGCGUCUUUCGAGGCUUGCUUUGCUUCCCUGGUGAGCCAGGACUACGUCAAUGGCACUGAUCAGGAGGAAAUCCGAACUGGUGUGGAUCAGUGUAUUCAGAAGUUUCUGGAUGUUGCAAGACAAACAGAGUGCUUUUUCCUUCAGAAAAGAUUACAGCUGUCUGUCCAGAAACCAGAGCAAGUUAUCAAAGAGGACGUCUCCGAGUUAAGAAAUGAAUUACAGAGAAAAGAAGCAUUGGUCCAGAAGCAUUUGGCAAAGCUCCGGCACUGGCAACAGGUACUGGAAGAGAUCAACAUGCAACAUAAGAAACCUGCUGACAUACCCCAAGGACCACUGGCAUACCUCGAACAGGCGUCAGCCAAUAUUCCUGCACCCAUGAAGCAGACGUGACGAGUGCCGAUUACAAAAGGAGCAGAUAGAUGAUUGAGAAUUUUCUUAUUUGUAAUUUUAGUGGAAAAUGUUGAUAUACAAAAUAUUUUGCUUAAAAAAAAUUCAACUUUACUAAAUAUUUUCUUUUUUUAUGUAGAGUUUUUAAAAGUAUAUUUCUGUAAAUUGUCUGGAAUGCAUGCUGUUCUGGUAAACUGAAAUUAAUACUUUUUUCAAAGCUUAGUCAGUUGCUGUAUCACUUAGAUGCCUUUGGUUUUGUUUUAGGGGAAAUGGGUUACUUGGGCAGAGGUUACUGCCGUUAAUAUUUAUUUAUGGAUAAUUAAAUUAACCAUUUGGAAUUUGUUUUCUAAAGAGAUUUCUUAAAUGUCCCAGCUAACACAUGUUUAUUGGAGAAAAUCCAGAGCCUUCUGUGUUUUAGCUGGAUGUGAGACAUUAGCUUCCCAAGUUUAUUAUAGCACAUUUUUAGCCUUCAGUUGCAUUCGCAUAGCUAAUUGACUCUCUUCGUGUAGAUUUCCAUUUAUUCCAUGCUAUAUAUUUGAGUAUGAAGGCACCGGGAAGAAAAGUAGUCUGGGAAAUAGAUUCUAAUCGGUUCUGAAGAACUGAUUCUAAUAUCUGAGAAACUGAUUCUUUUACUACUAGGAGGCCUCCCUGUGCCUAAAUUCAGAGUGGUACAUUGUGUCCGUGCCUGUCUCAAAGAGACUUGAUAUUUGUAAAUACUUUGGGGUUUUUGAAAGAAGGUCCUAUGUAAACAUGUUGUUUUAAUUACUGAGAACAAAUAAAAAGAUUCUAGUAUCCCA